CUUAUGCUGUUCCUUGGUCUCGUUCUCGUAGCAAAGGGAUCUCCCUUCCCUGCUGGCUUGUCGAGCCGUUCCCAGGCUCUCGUACACCGAACAGCUCCCUAUUUUCCUGAUUCGCCUGCGUCUUGUCCCAUCUGCGAACAGAAUUAUUCGAGUAUUGAGAACUGUGCGGAGGCUGCACCCGUCCUGGCAAAUUUUUCUAUGAUUAUAUUUAAUCCCGGAGCCUUCAUUAAUGUUAUCGAAUGCGCCUGCACGGAGACUUUCCAGUCUGUCUUCCCUCAGUGUGUCGACUGCUUUCAAGCAACGAACCAGACAGACGUUUUAGAAGGCAAUGACUUACCCAGCAUUGUCUCUGGAAUGAGAAAGAUUUGCGCAUUAGAAAGCACAUUACUGGGCAACGUGUCAGAAUCGGACGGCGAGGUGACGGUCAGCGCUUCUGCUUCUUCAACGGGCUCGGCAAGUACUUCGACGAGUUCAAGUGCAGCGAUACCCAGAGCCGUACCCAUAUCUCUCUCUGGGCUGUACACGAUCCUGUCCGUUGCACUUUCUCUUGAAAUUUCAACCGCACUACUGUAAUGGUGGACCACGAUUCACGACUUGUUCGUACUGACGACAAUGUAAACGACUGACGACUAGUAACGAUGAUUAAUUAUUAUUAUUUUUUGUAUUAAAAGUGAUCCUGCGCAAGGCUGAUAUAUAUGGGUCGUGGCUGUGCUCUUUCCAUCUUCA